GCCCCUCUUCUGCCAGAGUCAUUCAGAAUGUUUCCUGAGAGUAUAUUUUUCACAGUUUUACUCAUUUCUCAGAUUAAAGAAAAGGUAAUCCUUGGAGUAGAGGGUCAAGAACUGGUUUAUCCUAAAAGGCUUCCUGUGAUACAGAAGCGAGAUGUUUGGCACACCCAUGAUUAUGACAUACAGGAAACUUAUGAAGAAGAAUUGUUGUAUGAAAUAAGGCUAAAUAGAAAAACCUUAAUACUUCACCUUUUAAAAUCAAGGGAGUUCCUGGCCUCACAUUACAGUGAAACAUACUACUCCACAAAGGGAGAGGAGAUCACCAGACAUCCUCAGAUUAUGGAUCACUGUUUUUACCAAGGAUCCAUCAUACAUGAAUUAGAUUCUGCUGCCAGUAUGAGCACGUGUAAUGGUCUGAGGGGGUUCUUCAGGGUAUAUGACCAAAGGUACCUCAUUGAACCAAUAAAAUACACAGAUGAGGGAGAACAUUUGGUGUUCAAAUAUAACCCAAAGACACAGUACGCUGCCAACUAUUCUUGUACAGAGCUCAAUUUUACCAGGACAACUGUUCCAAAGGAUAAUACUAAUUCUAUGGAAGACUCCAAAAUGGAAAGCAUCCAUAAAGAAAAGUAUGUUGAACUGUUCAUUGUCGCUGAUGAUAAUGUGUAUCGCAGGAAUAAUCAUCCUCACAUUAAACUAAGGAACCGAAUUUGGGGAAUGGUCAAUUUUGUCAACAUGAUUUAUAAAACCUUGGACAUUCAUGUGACGUUGGUUGGCCUGGAGAUGUGGACAAAUGGAGAUAAAAUAGAAGUAGAUUCAAAUAUAGAAAAUACCUUAUUGCGUUUUUCAGCUUGGCAAGAAAUAAUCCUUAAAAAAAGGAAGAAUUUUGAUCAUGUUGUAUUACUCAGUGGGAAGUGGCUCUACACACAUGCGCAAGGAACUUCUUAUCCAGGGGGCAUGUGCCUACCCUAUUAUUCCUCCAGCAUCGUUAAGGAUCUUUUACCUGACCUAAAUGUAGUUGCAAGCAGAAUGGCACAUCAGCUGGGGCAUAACCUUGGGAUGCAGCACGAUGACUACCCGUGUACCUGUACUUUGGCAAGAUGCGUGAUGGAUAGUGGUAUAAGCGUUCCUGCACUGAAAUUCAGUAAAUGCAGCAGAAGCCAGUACCUGCAAUACCUGAAGGACCAUAAGCCAACGUGCAUGUUCAAUAUUCCACUUUCUGAUAAGUUAAGUGAUUUCCCAUAUUGUGGAAACAAGAUGCUGGAUGAGGGAGAAGAGUGUGAUUGUGGCCCUGUUCAGGAGUGCACUAAUCCUUGCUGUGAUGCAGACAAAUGCUUGUUGAAGCCAGGAUUUAGUUGUGCAGAAGGAGAAUGCUGUGAAUCUUGUCAGAUGAAAAAAGCAGGGUCUGUAUGCAGACCAGCAAAAGAUGAAUGUGAUUUUCCUGAACUGUGUACUGGCCACUCUUCUGGGUGUCCUAAGGACCAAUUUCAAGUAAACGGAUUUCCUUGCAAGAAUGAAAAAGGCUACUGCUUCAUGGGGAAAUGUCCCACGCGGGAUGAUCAGUGCUCUGAAUUGUUUGAUGAUGAGUCAAAAGACAGUCCUGAUAUCUGCUACACGAUGAAUAAAAAAGGAAAUAAAUUUGGAUACUGCAAAAACAAGGAAAAUGGAUUAAUACCCUGUGAAGAGAAAGAUAUCAAAUGCGGCAAGAUAUACUGCACUGGAGGGAAGCACUCAUCUCUCCUUGGAGAAGAAAAGAUCUAUCACCUUAGAAAAGCUCCAAAGCAGAAUGUCACCGCUGAAUGCAAAACCUUUUUUUUAUAUCACAAUUCUAAAGAUUUUGGCCUCGUUGCUCCUGGAACAAAAUGUGGAGAUGAAAUGGUGUGCAGCAGUGGUGAAUGUGUGAAUAUUGAAAAGGUCUACAAUUCAACCAAUUGCUCCUCUCAGUGCAACGAAAAUGCUGUGGAUGGCAGUGAACUUGAGUGCCAGUGUGAGGAAGAACGGGCACUUGUGGACUGGGAAGAAACCUUAAAUAUUACCAAUGUCUCCAUCCUGGUUGUUGUGCUUGUCCUUGUUGCUAUCAGUGUUGGGGUGGUCACAGUAUUAAUUCGCUACCAAAAAUGUAUUAAGUUGAAGCAAGUUCAGAGUGCACCUGGAGAUACACUGGGGGUGGAGAACAAAGGAUACCUUGGUGAUGAUCCGCAGACAAGUACUGAGACAAUCUUAACUGGUAUUCAACCCCUACAUGUAAGAAAAUUUCACUUGCAAUAGUCAACUAAUUGAUUA